UUUACCUCCACAGGAAUAAGACUUGGCCUAUUUUGGUUUUCAGUGAAUUAUGCCUUUUCGGUUUGGGACCCAGCCAAGGAGGUUUCCAGUUGAAGGAGGAGAUUGUUCGAUUGGGCUGGAACCAGGUCUGAGCUCCAGUGCUGCCUGUAAUGGGAAGGAGAUGUCACCAGCCAGGCAACUCCGAAGAUGCCCUAGAAGUCAUUGCCUGACAAUAACUUAUGUUCCCAUCACUGUCCAUGCAACAAUGCGAAAGCCACCUGCAUAA